AUGGCUGAAAUGAUCCUCAGUUUCGUUGUGGAAGCAGCUCUGUCCAGGGUGUCUUCGCUCAUGGCCAAUGAAAUCAUCAGUGCUUGGAAGCUCAACUACGAGUUUAAAGGCCUUCAAGACUCGCUCACCAUGAUUCGUGAUGUGCUUCAAGAUGCAGAGGAACAACAAACGGAAAAAGAAUCUGUGAAGCGCUGGCUGAAGAAGCUCAAGGAAGUAGCUUAUGAUGCUGAGGAUGUCUUUGAUGAGUUAGCCUAUGAGAAUCUUCGACGAAAGGUUGAGAUGCCAGAUCAACCGGGAAUGGAGGUUGCGUUGCAUGUCAAAAUCGCCCACAAAGUUAGGAAAGUAAAUGAAUCGUUGAAUAAGAUUAAGAACGAAGCUAUGGGUUUUGGACUUCAAGUCUCAUCUAGUGAUAGAAAAAUGCCUCAAAUAGAUUUGGAUCGGCUGACAGACUCAGUCCUUGACAACCCAGUUGUGGGGAGGGAAGCUGAUGUCUCUAAGAUUGUGAACUUGCUGAGUCGUUCCUGUGACCAGCAAGUUCUCACCAUUGUUCCCAUAGUGGGGAUGGGCGGUUUGGGGAAAACAGUUUUAGCUAAAUUGGUAUGUCAAGAAGUAAUAGAAAAAAAGCUUUUUGAUCUUAAAAUAUGGGUUUGUGUCUCUGAUAACUUUGAUGAACAAAGAAUUUUGGGGGAAAUGCUGCAAACUCUCAAUGCAAAUAUGGGUGGGAUGACCAACAAAGAUGCAAUACUUCAACAACUUGAAAAGGCAUUAGAAAGCAAAAAGUUUCUACUUGUUCUUGAUGAUGUUUGGAAUAAUGAACGUGAUAGGUGGGAUGAGUUGAAGACUCGUUUGAUAAGAAUUAGUACAAGCAAAGGAAAUGCUAUUCUUGUAACAACUCGUACCGAGGAAGUGGCAUCAAUAGUAGAGACUUCCACUCAUUACAGGCAUAAACUGGGUUGGUUAUCCGAUGAUGAAUGCUGGUCCAUUAUGAAGGAAAGGGCACUUAGAAGUGGAAGAAAAUCAAUCCCCACAGACUUGGAGGACAUUGGAAGGGAGAUUGCCGAAAAAUGUGGAGGAGUUCCAUUGGCUGCAAAAGUUUUAGGUGGGACAAUGGGCUUCAAAAUGGACAAGGAAGAAUGGUUGUCUAUUAGAAACAGUAAUGUUUUGAGUAAGGGUAACGUUGAGUCUAUAUUGAAACUAAGUUUUGAUCACUUGCCUUCACAUCUGAAGUCAUGUUUCGCAUACUGUUCAGUUUUCCCGAAAGAUACUCAGAUAGAAAAAGAACAAUUAAUUCGGUUGUGGAUGGCUGAAGGUCUUGUAGGGAUAUCUAAUGAAGAUGAGGCCAACAAGUACUUUAAUGCCUUAGUUCAGAAUUCCUUUUUCCAAGAUGUUGAAAGGGAUGAAUAUGAGAAUGUUAGAUGGUGCAAGAUGCAUGAUCUUGUGCAUGACCUUGCACUAUCACUUUCAAACUCUGAGACGCUGACUUUGGAAAAUUGUUCUGCUGUUGAUGACAUAUCAUGCAUUCGUCGUUCAUAUGUAGAUAGGCAAAAUGCAACCAUUUUAAUGGAAUUUCCAACAGGCGGUGCUAAGAAGUUGCGUAGUUUACUCAUGAAGGAUAUUGAGUUUGAUGGAUCUUGGAAACUGAAAAGCUUGCGUGCCCUACACUUCAUGAGUUCUUAUGAUAUCAAAGAGUUGCCAUCUUCAGUUGGUAAGUUGAAACUUUUGAGAUAUCUUAACAUCUCAUUCACUAAUAUUGAAGUGUUGCCUGAAUUCAUCACCGAGCUUUACUAUUUGCAAACAUUAAGAUUUCUCAAGUGUCGGUCACUUAUAGUAGUUCCUAGAAACAAAAUGUGCAAUCUGAUCAGCUUGAGGCAUCUUGAUUUUGAUAAUAAGUCUCAUAUGCCAUCUAAGGUGGGGCGUUUAACUUGUCUCCAAACACUGUCAUUAUUUGUUGUUGGUCCAAGUAGGGGAGGUAGCAUACAAGAACUACAAUGCUUAAACCAACUAAGUGGGGAGUUGGUAAUAAAUCAUCUUGAGGAGGUGAUAGACAAAAAGGAAGCACAGAAAUCAAACCUACAGGAGAAAACGAAAUUAAAAGCCCUUACAUUUGAAUGGAGUGAUGGAAGAGAAAUAAGCAGCAGCAACAAUGAUGAGGAAGUGUUGGAAGGUCUUGAGCCUCACCCGAACUUAGAGAGAAUAAAGAUAAAGAAUUAUAGGGGUGAAAAGUUCCCGCCGUGGCUGUAUAUGAUGAAAAUAACGAGUGAUUCUUUCACUGUAUUCGAUAAUUUGGUGGAACUUCAAUUGUUGGAGAGUAGGUGUUGUAAAAAACUCCCAAGGCUUGGACAUCUUCCUCGUCUUAAAACGCUCAAAAUAGAAAAAAUGAAUAUGAUCAGACGUAUAGAGAAUGAAUUCUAUGGCAUUGACACUGGAAGCAAUGGACAACGGAGACCGUUUCCAGCAUUAAAGAAAUUGUCUUUGAGUUAUAUGCCGAAUUUAGUUGAAUGGGAGGCACCAACUGUAGAUAAAGGAGGCGAAACAGCUGUGUUUUCUUGUCUUGAAGAAUUGAGCAUUAGUUAUUGUGCUUUGUUGACAAAAAUUCCAUUAAGCGAUCUUCCAUUGCUUCAAAGACUGGAAAUCCUUAAUUGUGAAGAACUGAUCAAUUUAUUCAAUGAAAUUCAGUCCUUCCAGUCUCUUAAAAGCAUUAAAAUUGGAUGGUGUAGUAAAUUAACUUGUCUUCCAAGUGGGCUGAAAUCCUUCACUUCCCUGAAAUCAUUGGAAAUAGAUGAAUGCCGUGAGCUGACAUCGGUUCCCGAAUAUUUAGGAGAAUUUCGUUCUCUUAAUGAUUUACGAAUAACAAAGUGUUGGAAUUUGAUUUACUUCCCAAAGACGAUUUUAGGUAGGCUCACUCGAUUGAGGCAAUUAGCAAUCAGUGGUUUCUCUAAGGAGUUGGAUUCUUUCCCUUUUCUGAAUUCAAUCCAAGACCUUCCAUCCCUUGAAUCCUUAACUAUAUAUGGGGAUUAUUAUGGUGGAGGUAGAACAAAGUCUCUGCCAGAUCAACUUCGAUGCCUCACUGCCCUUAACUCAUUGUCUAUAUGGGAUUUCAAUGGAGUGGAAGCUUUGCCAGAGUGGUUGGGCAAUCUUUCCUCUCUUCAAUCCCUUGAAAUUUGGAAUUGUAAGAAUCUGAAGUAUCUACCUACAGCUACAGCCAUGCAACAGCUCUCCAAAUUAAGGAAUCUCCGCAUUGCAUAUUGUUCCUUCCGUGGGGCAAAUUGCGCCAAGGGGAGGGUCUCUGAGUGGCCCAAGAUUUCUCAUAUCUCAGACGUACGCAUAGGUAAGUUUAUCAAGUUGAACCAAAAUAAUUUGAAAUUUUCUCCCAACUUAAUUUGUCCUUUCUUCUAUGCUCACUUUUACACCAAUGAUCCAUUCCAUCUUCUUUUCUUUUCCAGAUGA